CAAAAUGGCAAAAUCGAAGUUCUGCAACUCCCGCGACCGCACCGCCAGUGUAACCAGCGCAAGAAGAAGACCCAAGCACAAACUAAGACGAAGGCAAAGCCUCAAAGACUAUCGGCGAUUUCUCUUCCCGACAAAGCCAUACCCUCUCUCGCCCGUGUGCUAGAGUGGGCCAGCAAUACGAACGACAUGGACCACCUCAACGAGAUGCUUGCAAAUUACCCAGUCAUCAUGACAGAUGCGUUCUUAGCAGCUCGUAGCCCGCGCGCAAAGCGAGUUAGUGUUCACCCCGAUGACUACGACUACAACUUUGUGAUCUCCAAGAAUCUGGUCAUUAAAUUGGACGCUGUUGUUAAGGCAGAGAAGGCGAAGCGACGCACGCCCGCUUCGUUUGGUGGCAAUGCAGAAGAUGAGUAUCCGGUCGGUACUGUCGAAGAGAUCGUCGCUUUCUUCCCAGGGGGGUUGCCAAAGUUUACGAGGUUCGUAGUCGGUAUUGUGUUGCGCAGGUGUUGCUUGUUGUGGCGCUCUCAAUGUUAUAUUCUUGUGGUGCUCUCAAUGGUGCUGUAUCAUACUGAUGCUGUUUAUGGUGUGUGUGUGUGCGUAGUGGAGCCGUCUACAAAAUGA